AUGGACGCGCAACCGGCAGACGACGUCGAACCACAUGCACUGCAAGUCCCACGAAUCGUCGAGAACUGCACGCAGUACCUGAUGGCCUACGGACUCAACACUGUUGGUUUGUUCCGCAUCGCAGGAAAUACGAAACGAUGUCGCCUGCUCAAAACAGCUCUAGAGAAGUUGAAUGGGAUUCCGCUAGACGAACGCAUUGAUGUUGUUCGACUGCUUGUUUCGCUGCUGGGACCACCUAACAUCGACACUCUUUACGUGCUACUCAAGUUCUUGCAUGAAGUAUCUCUGCAUUGUCACGAUCACUCCCACACUGGUGUGGAGGUACAAGGAAAUCGAAUGGAUGCGCGAAAUCUGGCGACCAUUUUUGCUCCAUCCAUUUUACGACCUGAUCAUGGCAAACUUCAUGCGACACUUGCAGAGAACGAACAGCAAAUUGCCAUUGUGGAGACGAUGAUUGCCCACGUCGAAGAAGUGUUCAGGAUACCGAAAGAACUGCAGUGUAAUAUCUACAACAAACUGCGCGACACGGAUCCGGAUCGUCUGGACCGAUUCCUGAACCAUCUAUCGAGAACUGAAAGCAGUGAUCAUCAGCUGAUGUCGCCGUUCCCGGCAACAGCUGAAGAGGGUCAGCGAAAUUGUCCAUCUCCAGGAAGCCAUUCCAACGGAAAAGAUUCGCUGUCAGCCAAAGUCUGUUCGCAACGGAGCGGUUCAUGGCCGUUCUCGUUGGGUCGAAGCUCUCGACAACAGCAGUUCUUUCCAGCUGAUUCUGCUUGUCCAUCGACAAGUUCUUGUCCCUCGGAUGAGAACGAAUCCAAGGAAGCUGCCAGUUCAACAGGCCACAAUACCGAUCCUGUAAGCAAAGAUCUCGCCACCACACCACCAGAUCGAGCUCGAUCUCCAUCGCGGGAGCGCGACUUCCGUCUGACGGCUCGUCUCGGAGCUGCUGCUGCUCGACGUCGUCUCUGCAAUGUUGUGCGUGCAUUCCGAUUCUCCAGCGUCACUAGAAGUUCUCCCAACGUCGCCAACUUCUAA